AUGGGCCCGAAUACAAUUGUUGACAGUUCUUCUGGUCUUGGUUUAAGUAAUACUGAUCGAAAUUAUAACUGGCAAGUUCACAGUAAAGAAGCGCUUAAUGCUGAAAAUUCAGACAUCCAUACUAUAGAUUAUCAAACCUUGAAUGAAAAUCAAAUGAAGAUAUUUAAAAGGCUUGAAACACAUUAUAAUAAUAUUAUUAUAGAUGGUAAUAUUGAGCCAUUAAGAAUAAUUAUCAUGGGAACUGCGGGCACAGGUAAAUCAUAUCUGAUUAAUGCAAUUCGACAACUACUUCAAGAGAUAGCAACUAGAAAUGGUGUUGAAAGCUCUCCUAUAAUUGUUCUUGCACUAACUGGAGUUGCAGCAUUUAAUAUUCACGGGACAACAAUUCAUUCGACACUUUCUAUUCCAAUAAAUGGCAAUAAUAUCGAUAUAAAAGGUGAAAGUUUAAAGCAGCUACAAAAAAAAUUGAAUGAUGUAAGAUAUAUAAUAAUCGAUGAAAAAAGUAUGGUUGGACGCCGCAUGCUGGCUUUAAUUGACAUGAGGCUACAUCAAGCCUUUCCUGAGAAUCAUAAUCAACCGUUUGGUGGGCGAUCGGUUAUAUUAGUAGGUGAUUUCGGCAAACUCCUACCAGUGCUUGAUCUACCUAUGUAUGUGCAAAAUCUUAGUCAUAAUCCGUUAUCAAAUGAUGGUAUUACAGCAUACAGGCAGUUUCAGAAGGUUUAUCGACUUGAUAUUGUUCUGCGUCAAGCAGGAAAUUCUAAAGAACAAUGUCAUUUUAGAAACAUUUUAAUGCAUUUACGUAAUGGUAAAUCUACUAUUGAUGAUUGGAAAGCACUUAUUGAAGUUAAUGAAAUUAAUAUUAACAUGCUAAAGUUAUUAAAUAGCCCUAUUGCUAGGAUUCAUGCUGUUCACACUAGUGGUAAUGAGGCAUUCAAGGCUGAUUCAGAUAUAGCAAAAGGCCUUGAAUCUCAAAUUCUGUUAGCUAAGGGUACUCGUGUUAUGCUCAGGGUGAACCUGUGUAUGGAGACUGGGUUAGUUAAUGGAGCAAUGGGAACAAUCCAUGAUAUAUUAUUUGAAGAAAAUCAGGGACCACCUGCACUUCCUAUUGCAGUUUUUGUAGAAUUCGAUGCUUACAAUGGCCCUAUGAUUAUAUCCAUGGAUAGUAAAAGGACUAUCCCAAUUCCACCUAUCAGACGAUCAUGGGAUACAAAUACAGGGAAUUACUCACGUUUACAAAUCCCCCUUAGCCUUGCCUGGGCCGUCACGGUACAUAAAAGCCAAGGACUAACACUAACAAAUGCUAGGAUCAGUCUUGGAAAAAAAGAAUAUUCUUGCGGCCUCUCAUUUGUAGCAAUAUCCCGUGUCUGUGCUCUGAAAGAUAUUCUUUUUGAUUCGUUUUCAUUUCAAAGACUUCAAAAAAUUAAGCAAAGUAAAAGAAUGCAAGAAAGGAAAAAUGAGAAAAACUAA